UUCUAAAUGUCCAUUACAAUGAGGCCACCAUAAUUUUGCCAGUUUGUGCAAUAUGUUGUCUUAUGAUUCAUUUUAGCAAUGGGUUCUUAUUAAAUGAUCUUUCUCAUACCAAACUAAUGGUUACAUAACAUAUUCAAGAUAAGCAUGUUUUGGGAUGGAAUGGUGUCAUGGAUAUUCUGUUACAGUAAGGCACUAUCUCUACUCUGUUAGUUCCCUGACUGCCACAUGUUGGUGGAGAUUGGUACUGUAACUCCCCAGGGUGAUAUCCAACAAUCCAGAUGUCUGAUUACAGUCAGUCUGAACAGUCAUGGAAGCCAAACAACUGCUGUGGACCCUACCGUUUCUCACACUGUUGCUUACCGAGAGUGGCUUGUGUGGCCGCACCUGGCUGAGCAACCUCAGCUAUAACAACUCCCAUAAUUGGAACAUCGGACGAGUGCCUUGCGCUGCUGACAGAGCUGUCCUCGAGUCUGCUGUCCUUCAGCUCCCUGUAGGCACUACUUCUCUGCAAGCUCUCAUCUUGGAUUCUUACACAGAAGUGUUGCUUCCCGCAAAUGGAGUUCUUCAAUUUACUGGGAAGAAAAAUACAGAUGCUUGCAAUGGACAAGAUGCGGUGUUCAAACCAACCAAAUCACUAAGUUGGAUAGACCCACACAACUGGGAUGGCUGGAAUGCUGCUACUCCUGAUUUGGAGAGGAUACCGUGUGCUUCUGAUCAUGUGAUCUUUCCACCUGGUGGCACCUACAGAGUCAUAAUGCCUGAUGUUGUUAGAGUUGGAAGCUUCAGCAUUGACGGAAGGGUAAGAUUUCUCAAUUUUACGUUAAAUAAAAAUUAUUACAAUAAGAGAUGA